AUGGUCAAAUACUCCCUUGAGAGAGAAAUUCGCGUGGCAAAUGCAAUCAAGGCAUACAAGGAGCGUGAUAAAGCAAAAAUCGCAGUAUUGGCCCGGGAAUUCGACAUUUCGUACGAUCUGCUUCGCAGACGAAUCCUCGGCGCCGGUCCUCCUACUGCGCUCCGCAAAACUCUUAAUUCUAUUCAAGAGAAAGAACUGGAUCAGUGGAUGACUUCCCUUGAGGCUGCUCAUACUCCUCCUACCCCUGGUAUGGUAGAAGCCGAGGCAAAUCGAAUACUUGCUCGCGAUGGAAUCGAGAAACAGGUUGGCCGCAACUGGCCUUACAGAUUUAUUGCUCGCCGCCCUUCACAACACCCUGAUCUACAACGCCCUUUGAGCAAUCUCAAUAGCUUUGCGUCAAACAAGGACCAAAUAAAGAAAAAAAUUCGGAAGGCUAUAGAAUUGCUUGAAGAAGUGGCUGAUGAUCUUGAUAAUCUCAGCCCGAAGCUGCGAAAGCGAGUAACUAGCGUCCUCGAUGCUGGUUUAACACAGACGGCAGAGGUUGCUCGCUCUGAGAAUCAAAGUCGCGAAAUACGUCCGCGCCAGCGGACCCGGAGGCCAGUCUCUCGGCGUGUCUCUGCACCUGAAACAGAGGAAUUGGAUGAAGAUUAG